AUGAACAACUUACGGCAACAAAAGUUGAACCCGUUGGUUAUUAAUGCGGAAGAUGAGCCUUUCUCAUUUAGCAUUCAGCGGUCAAGCGGGUCGGGACGAUUAGUUCGUAAAACCAGUGCAGAGAUAGUGAGUGAAGCGAAAAAUAUGCUUGCCGGAGGCACACGGUUGGUUUCGGCCCAAAGGCCCAUCACUCCGCGAGAAUCUCGAAGGCAACUUUACGGUCGAGUCGCACUUCCCGGCAGACCACCAAGCGCCAUCAAUUUAAAAUACUUGCAACAGGGAACCCACACCUUGCCCUUAUUGGAACCUAUACAGACGAGCGCCAUACGGUCAGAUUCGGUUGAUGAAAACGCUGGCAAAGAUGAUAAAAGAAGCAGCAUUGUUGGCAGGAGUGCGCCGCCUCUUCUUGUAAGCAGGGAAAAACUUCCGGCUUUACACUGUGUUCACAAGGCGACGGGGUCACUAGAAAACUUAUCAGAUUAUCCUAAUUAUGAAAAUAAAACGUUAUGCAACAACAACAACAACAACAAAUCAUCUACAAAGUUAAAACCAUCAGACACCUCUAGCCUGCAAAGCAUAGUGAAGAACCAUCCAUUGAAACGCCGACAAGUUCAAUCGUUCGAUGACCAAGUAACAGCAAACACUGGAUCUGACCAACGGAAGAAUACAGUUGAAGAACAAACAAAACUGCUGCGUAAAAGACACGAUCUUCUUGUACAAUCGUCAACAGAGUGCUUGAUAGAUAUAUUGAAGGCUUAUUCAGGUCUUAAAGAGUGUGAUGAGAGUACAGUCGCCUACAUAAGUGCGAUUUUAGAUGAGAUAUACGCAAGAACCAAAGGAUCGAAAGGCAAUUGGCGAGGGGCAGUUUUAGGUGCGUUGUACGGAUUAGUUGAAUCCUCCUCACCGAAGAUUCUUUUGUCUGUGGCAUGUGUCGUGUUCGCGAUAAAUGUCACGGGAAGCAACUUGACCGGAGCAUGCAAACUGGUGUUCAAAAUUGCUCGUAAUGAACGUAACGACAGUUUGUUCAUAGAUAGUGACGUUCCAGAACUGUUAGUGGAUGGACUCGGACGUGCAUCGCCUAUUGACGAUCCUGAGGCGUGCAUCUACGGAUACGGUGCCGUUCGCUUCCUCACUGGUUCUCCCAAUGUCAGCUCCCACGGAGGCAGUACUCAACGUUUCCUAGUGUUCCGUCUGGUGAAACAUGGCCUGUAUCAGUUGAUGGUUUUACAUUUGAAGAUAAUUAAUGAAGUAGCUUCAACCAGGCGACUGUCAGGUUCACCAUUGCACGCUCUAUUUCAGCUCUCAGGUGCGUUGCGAACAUUGGCCGGAAGCCCAGAAACGCAAGGGUUGCGCAAUUGCCAUCAACCAAACAACCAACAAUUUACGACGGACGCAGAAGAAGCAGAACAGCUAGAUCUUGGGCAAACUGAACAAGCUGUGCCAUUGUUAGUACGCGCUGCUGAGAUAUGCAUCGACGAACCGGAAGUCCAGGCAAAUAUCAUCCGUACUCUCAGUGUAUUGUCGGAGCACGCAGAGUGUUGCGAGCGUUUGGCCGAAACAGCCUCUCGACUUGGCAUUCUUCUUGGUUCGAUCAUUCAAACUAGCGCUACAGUAGAGAAAGGACUAGCGAAUUCGAAUCGGCUGGGUUAUAUCCUUGGUAAUGUGAUGUCUCGUUGGGAUUCCGCACGAGUGCAAUUUUACUGCUGCGAAGUUUCCCUUGAUGCUUUGCUUGCAACAUUGGAGUACUACGCGAACAAGAGCUUCAGUUUAAGAAAUCAAAUGGGAGACUCGAUCGUUCAGGUGAUGACAAAGCUGAUACGUGUCGUGGCUAAUAUGUGCGUCAAUGGAGAUGUUGGGUAUGGCAUGAGCAAACGGUCGCCCUUAGGGGAAAUUCUCCUUAAUAUAUUACUCAAAGUAAAGGAACCCAAGACGGCGGAAAUGGAAGAGUUAUUAUUCGCUACACUUGGUGCUUUGCACAACCUGUCAUACUACUACGAAAGUACCGAAACAGUGGCAAUAGGGCAUAGAAGCCCGGGAAGCAUUUGCGACCGCCUGAAAGACAUCUGUGGAACACUCUGCAGCAUUUUGGGCAAUGAAAAAAAUCCGGCCCGUGCGGAAGUUGCUAGAGUGUUGGGAAAUAUGACCAGAACCGGAACGGUGCGUCAAACAUUCUGUGUGGAAAAUGGAUUGAAAAUCUUAACGCGGUGCCUUACCUCCACGAGUGACGAGCUAGUUGUUACCUCUUGCGGCGUGGUAGUGAACGUCCUCGGCGAUUGGACCACAAGGACUACAUUCCGUGAAAUUGAUGGACCAGCGAUGCUGAGAUGCAUCCUACAACGUGGCAUCGCUAACAAGGAUUGGAUCAUGGCGGGAAUUGCAUGCCAGGCAAUCUGGAAUUAUCUAAUCGACACCGGUAACUUUUUGCAGGUGUUGGGGCAACCCGAGAUCGACCUGAUCUGUGGAAACUUGGCAGAGGGACUAGAUGAGGAACAUCUUUUUGAAGGAAAAGAUCCAGAUAGCUUCUGGGAUGACUUCGCGUUAGUGGGCACCGAUUUGCUGGAACGGUUACAGCUCGGCAUAUCCGGUAGGAAUACGCCUUGCGAAAUGUCUGAUGAUGAAGCACCCGAGGUGAAUGCUACAAAGCAUUGGUGAGAUAUCAAAAUCGAAAUGUUUAACGCAAAUUUAUGUAUAAGAUAAAUAAACCAAUUAGAGUUGAAUUUGU